AUGGGACCGAAUGUGAAGAACAAUCCUCUUCCUCCCCAUGGAGACCCUACGGUGAAUGCCAUUGAAGAUGCCUUUGUCGGUGUUAUGGUUGAGAAGGUGGAUGAUGUUAAGACUCCUUUGGCAGCAUUCCACGCCCGAUUGGUGAAAACUGGCCUAAUUGAUGUUCUUCAUGACAAAUGUGAAGAGUGUGCCGCACACCUAAAAGGAUGUCAGGUGGUACGGGAUAAUAUUCAAGACUUGACGAAUAACGGAGUGCUUCAGAUCUCCGGCGUUAUAAAGAAUGAAGAUGUGUUGGUAAUUGAACCUUGCUUCAAUUUACCUGAACCAUUUGAAAUCCCAUAUUACAGUGGUGGAGUGGUUCCGGCGAAUGGUCAGUCGUCGCCUGUUGAGAUUUGUACGCCUACGCCUUUUCCAUAUAAGAGCACCAAGGAUGUGCCUUGGAAAUAUGAGAUUACCGUUGUAGACAAGGUAGUUAAAGGAAGUGCAGACGUUGAAGUGACAGAAGUUGUGAGUAAGGACGUCACCAAUUAUGCAGGAAUGAGCAGAAUGACCCGUAGUGGUCGAAUCUAUACGCCUGAAUUCAAUGUGAAUCCUCAAGGGCCGGUCAAGGAAUCUACAGUUGUAACUCCUGCUAAAGAACCCGAAGUGGUCCAAUAUGAGGAUGUUGUUGAAUUCUUAAAGUUGAUCAAGAGAAACGAUUACAAAGUGGUGGAUCAGCUGCAUGAGACACCAUCUAAGAUCUCUAUUCUAUCUCUGUUAUUAAACUCCCAAGCCCAUAGGGAGGCUUUGUUGAAGGUGUUUGCCCAAGCUCAUGUAACACAAAGCAUAACAGUAGACCAAUUUGAUGGGGUAGUUGCAAAUAUCACAGCUUGCAAUACUUUGAGCUUCAGUGGAGAGGAAUUACCUAAGGAUGGAAAAAAUCACAAUCGUGCUCUCCAUAUCUCGGUAAAAUGCAAAGAUGGUGCUUUGGCAAGAGUUUUGGUUGAUACCGGAUCUUCUUUGAAUGUUAUGCCAAAGAGAACACUCGCUAAGUUAUCUUAUGAAGGACCAGCUAUGAAGCCUAGUGCCUUGAUAGUGAAAGCUUUUGAUGGUUCCAGGAGAACCGUGAUUGAAGAGGUUGAACAGCCCAUAUUGAUUGGCCAUCAUGCAUUCCCGAUUAAUUUCCAAGUCAUGGAUAUUAAUCCAGCGUAUAGCUGCUUAUUAGGGCGUCCCUGGAUUCAUGCUGCAGGGGCAGUCACCUCCACUUUACAUCAAAAAAUGAAGUUUGUGGUGGACAAUCAACUGAUCAUCAUUUCUGGGGAAGAGGACUGA